AUGUCGCCAUGUGGCUACGUCACACCAGCUACCAGAACACUUGAAGCGGGUUCUGUCGCCGACUUUUCGCACUCCCUCUCCGUUCCCCAACAGCCUGCACCGCCCUUAGUGACCCGAGCGAUGACCGAGUCAGUAUGGUGUACCAUAAUGGAAAUUCCAUGGGUGACAGGCGAUUAUGUCGAUCGAGGCACAGAAAACCUGGAGGUAAUCUGUACGCUGCUCAUUCUAAAGAUCUUGCAUCCCGAAGACUUCUUCCUCCUUCGAGGAAACCAUGAGUCUCGAGCAAUAAACAGAAAUUACGGCUUUUCGUUGGAAUGUAGAAAUCGAUUGAACUACCUUACGUGGCUAAAAUUCGAGGAUACACUCGACUGUUUGCCACUGGUUGCCUUGAUAUCUCACCGAGUUUUGUGUAUGCACGGAGGACUUUCGCCUUCUUGGCUCGACUUGGAGGAAAUCGACAAGUUCAGUCGUCCACUUAGCAUACCGGAGAGCGGCAUCAUCUGCGACAUCCUAUGGUCAGACCCGGAUCCAACCAUAAAAGGUUACCGACAAAAUGAUAUAAGAGGUGCCGGUUAUUUCUUUGGAACCGAUGUGAUCAUGGAUGCUUGCGAACGGUUUAACGUAGACCUCAUCGUUAGAGCCCAUGAGUGCAUGCCGAAUGGCUAUAAGACAUACGCAGACAACCGACUGGCCACAAUUUUCAGCGAUGCCAACUACGAGCUAGGCAACAGUGCUGCGGUGAUGACGAUCAACAAGCAUUGUCAGUGCCAAUUUACAGUAUUUAAGCCAGUAAAGAAAGGUCCGACACAGGAAUCAACCUCCAACGACUCACUUACUACGUCAGAAUCUGAGGAAACGACAAGCAACGAAUAA